AUUACUGGAGUACCUCCUCCUCCUCAUAGCCAUCUGGAGCCCCAUAUCUCACCACUCUAACCAAACCUUUAGACGAAACUGAUAUCAUAUCUCAAAGAGAAAUGGUCACUACAGAAGCCAACCCAACUCCACCCUUCCCUUCCCAGAAGCCCCCAUGGAUUUGCACACCAUUGAUAGAAAGCAAUUCUCUCUCCAAAGCUGCUGGAUGGUAUUUUCCCCCAUUCGCUACUUCUCCCAGAUGGGUGUAGAAAUAGUUAACGGCACUACAGUAGAGUGCACAUGAAAAUGGACAUGUUCCAACCGGCCGGCUCAUUCAAAUCUCGGUAUGACUCCUAUCUCUUCUCCUGCCCGCCCUAUCCUGCAGCGACAUCCAUAGACGGCAAACUGAGCUCGAAUGUUAAGGAACUAACGCAUGCGCACCCGUCAACAGAGGAAUUGGAAAUUACUGCCUGAAAGCCGUCAACUCCCGACCCAAUCGUCCGAUCCGUUUCUACAGCUCAAGCGGUGGUAACGCAGGCAUGCCCUUCCUCCUUCCCAUUCCAACCCCCUUCAUUAGCCCAGUCAAACAAACUAACGCAUUACAAAAAGGCCUGGCAGCAGUGACAGCUUCCCGCUCCCUCUCCCAAAGUGCAACGGUAAUCGUGCCCACUACGACAACCCCCCUAAUGAAGUCCAAAAUCCAGCAAGCCGGGGGAACAGUAGUCACUCACGGCGCCAGCUGGUCCGAGGCCGACGAGCACACGCGCGCGCUGGUAGCAACAGACCCCACAGGGGUGUACUGCCCACCCUUCGAUGCAGAGGAUAUCUGGGAGGGGAACAAGACGCUAGUGGACGAACUCCUCGACCAGCUUGCGGAGGAGGGGCAAUCCCUCGACGCAGUCGUCCUCUCCGUCGGCGGUGGCGGGCUCUUAUGUGGCGUACAGAUGGGCCUGCUGGAACGUGGGCUUGGGCACAUCCCCCUGAUCGCAGUGGAGCCUGAAGGUGCUGCGGGCCUUGCUGCGUGCUUGAAGGCGGACAGGCUUGUGGAGUUGGAUGCUGUCACGAGCAUCGCUACCAGCCUGGGCACGAGGAGGGUUGCAAGGAGGGCGUUUGAGCUUGCAUGUCAUGGGAAUGUCCGUAGCGUUGUUCUGUCCGACGCCCAGGCCACCAUGGGCGCGGUGAGGUUGAUGGAUGACGAGAGGGUUGCUGUUGAGCCGGCCUGUGGGAUUUCCGCGGCUGUGGUCUAUGAUAAUGUGCUUAAGAAGGUGUGUCCUGAGUUGGGGCCUGAUAGCAAUGUGGUGCUGGUGGUUUGUGGAGGUGAGUAUCUCUCCUUCCUUCUCCCCCGCGCGCUCAUAGGUGGACUGAUGAUGCGGUGUAGGGAACAGUAUAUCGGCGGAAAUGUUGGCAGAGUAUAGAAAGACAUAUAGCCAUUUGGACGCCCCUAUGGCAACUCAGGCUUAUACCAACUGAGGUGCCGCCGAUGUUGUCGCGGGGGGGCGGCGGUGUUCAACAUAGUUUGUAUUGUCACAUUAUAGAUUUCAUGUCAAGCAAUCAUUUCCCUC